AGUUGUCCGGUCGGAAACAGAGGGAUGUGGCUGCUGGCGGUGUUGGUGCCUCUUCUCAGGCUGUAUUUCUGCGGAAUUAAAGUUCUUAUCUAUCAGACGUUCAACAGAUCUUUUACGCUGCCAGUCUUACCCAAGCAAAAUGGAAGGGUUGCCAUUGUGACUGGGGGUACCAGAGGAAUGGGUUUUGAGACAGCGAGACACCUGGCAAGCCUGGGCAUGCAUGUUAUCAUAGCUGGGAACGAGAAAGAAGAGGGCGCAGCAGCCGUCAGGAGGAUUCAUGAAGAAGGCAGCGAGGGGAAAGCUGAGUUCAUCUUCCUGGACCUGACCUCACUGAAAUCAGUGAAACGGUUUGUUCAGACGUUCAGAGACAGAGGUCUCCCCCUCCAUGUUCUGUUUAAUAAUGCUGGAACCAUGCUGGUUCCUGAAGCACAGACGGUGGAUGGCUUUGAGUUCCACUUUGGGCUCAACUACCUCGGCCACUUCCUGCUGACCAACCUGCUGCUGGACGUCCUGAAGAGGUCAGGAAGACAGGGCCGCUGCUCCCGAAUCGUCAACAUGUCCUCUGCUACGCACUACGCAGGAGUCGUGAACAUGGAUGACUUAAACAGGAGGAUCUGCUACAGCUCCCAUGGUGCCUACUCCCAAAGCAAACUGGCUCUGGUCCUCUUCACCUACUACCUGCAGGAGCAGCUGACUGCCGGCGGCUUCCCGGUGACCGUCAACGCCGUGGACCCCGGCAUGGUGGACACGGCGCUGUACGACAACCUGUGGAGCCUCGCACAGGCCCUGAAGAAACCAGUUGCCAAGAUACUGUUCAGGAGUCCAGCAGAGGGAGCAUCCACAGCCAUCUACGCCGCAGCUGCCUCUGAGAUGGAAGGUUUCGGAGGCUCUUACCUGUACAACGGCCAGAAAAGGCAGUCCUCCGACAUUUCCUACGACUCUGAGCUACAGGCUAAGCUGUGGAAGAAGAGCUGUGAGUUAGUAGGCCUUCAGGAGGACUGACGGACCCCACUGGGACCCUCGCACAAGGAGCGCCAUCUGGAGCUCAAUAAUCAUAUCGAACCACUGCCUGACUUUAUAUUGUUCCAACAUGUACAUUAAGAAUUAAUAUCUCUGUGCUAACCGCUAAUGCUGUAGUCCUGUAAACGUAACCAAACUAAAAUGACUAAACUUGCCUUUUAGUAAUGCAGUAAUGGCCUGCAGGUACAUAAAUUAAGAAAUAAUAAUAAUCAAAUUAAUAUAACUGAUGAAACAUACUUUUUAUUAAAUUGCACAGCCAUGUUUUUGUUAGCCCGGUUCCAUACCUUUCUAUUACUGCGAUGGUUAGAGAAAUAAUCCACCGACAAUGGAAAAUAGCCACAAAAAUGGCGACAGUUGGGGAUGAGCUGGACACAGGUGCGCUUCUUACACAGUCGACUCACAGAAAUAACAACUCGUAAAUCAACAUAUUUAUGUUAACAACUUGAAAAAGGUUAACAGUGAAAGUAAAUUAAGUUUCUGUGUGUCGACUAGGCGGGACAGAUGUGUCGCUCACCGUUCACUGGUUUGGGAAAAACAAAAUAAACCCAAACAGAAAUGACCUAAUAUGACUGAAAAAUGAGGUGAAAUGAAGUAACAGUUCCGUCUGAUUAUCCGAUUGCUCUCUAAUUACUAAGAUGUCCAAGAUAUACAGGAGAAGAUUCAAAAUCGUGUCAGUAUUAUGUAAAAGGCUGCGCAUUGUGUCUGAUUAGACCUCUGUCCAGGGUAAAGCUAAUUAAUGCUGUGCUGGUAAUUAAAGCUUACGCCCUUUAGGACCUUAUUUCAGCAAAAAUAUGUACGGUAAUCAACGGUAAGAGACAACUUUAUCCCAUUUAAAUUGUGCCCUGAAUUACCCUGAAUAUUAUGAUGUUUGUCAAUUUAUAAGAUAAAAGCUGUAGUUGGUUGUAAGUAAGUAAAGUAACAUUUAGUUUUGUGAAAACUGCUUGGUUGCUACUAGCUAGGUAACUUAGCUGUGUUCCACGCACAGUUUAAUCUGAUGUAUUUAAUCCAACGACUCCUGAUCCUCUUAUCACAUGUACACAUGGAGGUUAUUUUACCUUAGCUUCGGUAAUAUUAGCUUUAGUUAAUAGGGGCGUUUUAAGAUGACCGCAGCUGACUUUCGCUGACUUGAUAGUCAGACGUGAGUGCAGGGGUUAAGCAGUGUUCAGUCAGACACAUUAUACUUCCCAUAGAGCGCAUGAGCUUACUGUGAGCUUAAAACAGUUAGAACAAUGACUGAUCCUGCUGCAAUUGCCUUUGCAAAUGCCGCUAGAUCAGGCAAAAUGGUGGUUCCAACUGGGUUCAGCCGGAGAAUAGCAACUGCGUCGGCCUGACUCUUGCUCCUGUGAGGUUUAAUUUCAUGUGACAUGGUGACGUUUUGCAGCGACAUUUCUAACCAGCAUGCCAAAGUUAAGUCCAGCAUGCAUCACGUUAAGUCAACGCUGCAAAGUUUUACGACAAACUGCAACUUUCUUGACUUGCAAAAUUAUCUUUUAAAUUGACAUUUCAGGGCACAAUUCAAAUAAACAUUAGUUGUCUCUCUCCAUUGACCACCGUAUAUACUUUUUCUGAAAUAAGGUCCACUGGAAGGGGAGUGACUAGUGCUCCAACUCUAUCCGAUACGCUAUGCUCUCCAUUAGCUAUACGAUUAGCUCUGUUAGCUUAGUCACCAGAAUGGUAUAGCUAAUAAACUGUAUAAUAUUUAACGUCCAGUACUUUUGUGGCAUUAGCUACAAGUUUUACACCGUGUCUGUCAGUGGAAAGUACCAUCAGCAUACCACUCACUGCGUAAGUGCCGUUUCCCUCUUGCUUUGCUACUAGUUCUUAUUUUCUGAUAUUCAGAGGCACUAACACUCACCACAGUGGAUGACGUCGGUGUCGCAUCACUUAGCAGAUGAGACUGAUGGGACAGAUUCUGUUUCUACAACUGACUCCUGUUUUUCUUUGUACAGAGUUCUCCAAAUGCACUUGUUGUGUUAAUUGUCACUAAACCAGACUUUAAUAUGGGUGUUACACCACGCUGCGUUAAAUAAUCAAAACAACCUGAGCACUUGAACAACCUAAAUGCCUUAGCGGUGCCUAUUUAGGCCUAUAAAUAAUUCUGUAUCGAUUUCUUAUAUCAUGUGGUCCUGAUGGCAUCAUCGGUCCGUGACCUUCAGCUCUCACUGGGUCGGUUCUCAGCAGAGUGCGAAGCGGUUGGGAUGAGGAUUAGCACCUCUAAAUCUGUGGCCAUGCUUCUCAGCAGGAAAGUGAAGGAGUUAAAGUACCUCGGGGUCUUGUUCACGAGUGAGGGGAGAUUGGAGCAGGAGAUUGGCCGGAGAAUCGGAAGCAGCGGGGACGGUAUUUUACUCGCUUUACCGCACCGUUGUGACGAAAAGAGAGCUGAGCCGAUCUCGAUCUACCGGUCAUUUUUUGCUCCUACCUUCACCUAUGGUCAGGAAGGCUGGGUCAUGACCGAAAGAACGAGAUCGUGGGUACAAGCAGCCGAAAUGGGUUUCCUCAGGCGGGUUAAUGUAAGACACUGUGUAAUAUCCUCUGGGCUAUUUUUGUUAAAUGUACUGUAUACAUUUCAGAUGGUGACUUUAUGAUUUUAUAAUGCGCACAAAUAGUUUACUAUGAUUUUUCCAGUGUAUUAAUUUAACUCCUGUAAAUUAGUCUGUUUACAGUAAUUAUACAGAUUGAGAAAGACGAACCACUUUGCAAGAAUGUGUUGAUUGCUAAUAAAAAAAUUGCCUUUUAGAGUCUGAACCACCUGGUAUUUUAUUAACUGUACAAAUAUAAUAAAUGUAUAAAACAAUG